GAUAUCCUGCCCCGCGCCGUUCCCUAUCCGUUCGAUAUCCGUUGCAACCGCGUCGCGUUUUCCGUUACUUAUCGCGUAGUUUACUCGUCUAUAUUCGCAGGUAGUUCGGGAGAUUUAUUAAAGAUCGCGAAACCCAAUGAAUUCGAUUUAGUUUUCAAACUGGAAAUACCGUACUAUGAGAGUAUCGUCGUGACGCGAGAUUCGACUAGGCCGGGAAACGUUUUACUCGAUAUGACGCGCGUGCUAGAACUACUUAAGGACGAUCCCCGCGCGGAUCGCCAGAGCAUCCGGAAACUGCUCCUUUCUCUCGUUUUGAAUAACUAUCUCGCCGUGGACCUGUUGCAGGGAUGGCUGCAGAGCCACUUUAGUCGUGCCCUCGAUCGGAUCGCGAAUCGCGUGGAGCUGGACGGUACAAAACUGAAGUACAAGACCUGUGGGCCGGCCCACACCAUCGUCGUGGAGGGGCGGGAUCUCGAAUACUCGGUGGACUAUGUGCCCGCCAUCCGCCUGGGCGCCGAACAGAACGUAUUAGCCGCCGAACAGCUUACCUACUUUAGGCGCGCCAAUCUCUCGCACUGGGAUGCGAUUCCCAAGCCCCUGAAAAUGGCCACAGAUCAGGUCUCGUUCCGGUCGUCCUUUUACGAGGCUGAGAAGGUCAUGCUUCGCGGCGAGAACAUGAACCAUUGCUUGGACGGAAUCAGGCUGAUUAAGAAAUUUCGCGAUGUAAAGACCAAUUUAAGUAACCUUAAGAGCUACUACAUUAAAACUUUAUUUCUUUGGAAGAUUAGGCAAGAACAACCCCACUACUGGCUCCAACCACUCACAGUGAUUUUGAGCGAUAUGUUUGAAGAACUCACAGAGUGUUUGCUCCAGGGCUGGCUCCCCUUCUACUGGGACCCCGAGCUGAACAUGCUAGAUCUGCUGACGCGAGACCAGGUGACUGAGAUGUACCGAUGUGUCAAAAGUUUCUCGGCAAUGCUGGGAGGAGAGGUUGGAUAUGAUUCACCCCGCCGGACGGGCGGCUCCCCGCUUGUCGUUUUGCGGGCCUUCAGCCACAAGGAGGAGCGAACUCCGCUACGUGCCUCCCAGCGGCUAGCUAAACGAAAGGACAUCAAAAGACUACAGCUCCGCUAGGAAAAUGGACGUAGGGAACUCUUUAGCUUCAAGGAGGAGCAAGCUCUGCACCAUCAAAGGCUACAGCUCCGAUAGGAAAAUUCACCGAAGGAAAGCCCUGGCCAACAGGCCAGUUGGGAAGGAGUCCGGGACUAGAGCAUAACAAGCUACCCCAAAAAUUCCAAUUUUAUUUAAAAAUUGUAAAUUGCAAACAGGAAAUGUUUAUUUCAAGAGCUUGUUAAAAUCUGUAUUGGUUGAUUGUAAAAAUUGCCUUUGAUUACACUCUUUGUUCUUUAAAGAAUAUAUUGUAUAUUUCGUAAGUGCGAGAAUAUGGAUAUACAGAUAAUUAUACAUGAAGAUUUUUAAGAUUUUUAAAAAAGCUUUAAAAAGAAUAAGUAAACAUUGGACAAAUUGCAAACAAAUAUACUCGUUGAAGCAUUA